AUGCCAAUCAAUGACGAAACCUAUAAAAUCAUAUUCGAUGAGAUAGAUGCUCGUCAGGAUGAGUUCGUUAAAGUGCUCAAGGAAGCUGUCGCCAUCCCAUCCGUCUCUAGUGAUCCAGAUCGUCGUUCUGAUUGUGUAAAAAUGGUUAUGUGGGUGAAAAAGAAGCUUGAAGGACUUGGCGCGACAGUGCAAAUUGUGGAAGCCGGCAAGCAGACUCAUCCUGAUGGUCAAACACUUGAUAUACCGCCGAUUUUGUUCGGUUGUCUAGAAAUUGAUGGAAAACUGUUCGGAAGAGGUUCGACCGACGAUAAGGGACCAGUUAUUGCAUGGAUUCACGCUAUCAGCGUCCUCCAGAAAAAGAAAGUUCCCAUUCCUGUGAAUCUCAAGUUCGUUUUUGAAUGCAUGGAAGAAUCUGGCUCUCAAGGGCUUGAACCAGCUCUUCAACAUCAUAAGGACAGUUUCCUCACCAAUGUUGAUAUGACAUGUAUUUCGGAUAACUAUUGGCUUGGAAAGAACAAACCAUGUCUCACUUAUGGAUUGAGAGGACUUUGCUAUUACUUUGUCGAAAUAAGCUGUGCAAAGCAAGAUCUUCAUUCGGGAACAUACGGAGGCAGUGUCCCGGAAGCGAUGAAUGAUAUGGUCUGGAUUUUGUCACAACUAAUUGAAAAGGACGGUACUAUCAAGAUUCCUCAUAUCUAUGGUACUGUUGCGCCUCUCACUGAAGAGGAGAAGAAAACUUACGAGGAUAUAGAUUUCUGCCUAGAAACUUAUCAGAAUGAUAUCGCUGCACAUGGACUUCUAAAACCUACCAAAGCAGAGAUUCUAAUGAAUCGCUGGCGUUUCCCAUCUCUCUCGAUCCAUGGAAUCGAGGGUGCGUUCAGCGGUUCCGGAGCAAAGACUGUCAUUCCUAGCAAGGUGAUUGGGAAGUUUUCGAUCCGUCUUGUGCCAAAUAUGACACCUGAAGUAGUGGACAAACUCGUUCUGGACUACCUUAAUGACUUGUGGGCCAAACGCGGUUCUCCAAAUCACUUCCAUCCAUUCGCUGGCCAUAGUGGAAUGCCAUGGUUGGCUGAUUAUAAGGAUGAAAAUUUCCGAGCAGGAGCACGUGCUAUGAAGAGAGUUUUCGGUGUUGAUCCUGAUUACACUCGUGAGGGUGGAAGCAUUCCUAUCACUCUUGCAUUCCAAGAACUUACGGGUCGUAGUGUGAUGUUGUUACCGAUUGGUGCAUGUGAUGACAUGGCGCAUUCUCAAAACGAAAAACUGGAUCGUUCCAAUUACAUCAAGGGAACAAAAACUCUGGCUGCGUAUCUCCUCGAGCUUGCGGGAUGA